AUUGGUGUCAAAAUUGCGGACCCAAAUAUGGCCGUUGUCCAAUUUGUAAUGAAGAAAAUUCUUAUAAAGAUGGGUGGUGUAAAUCUUGUGAAUGGACAAAAUCUAAACCAAAAAACCCCAAAACAGGACUAUGUACGGAUUGUAGAUAUUGGUGUCAAAAAAACUAAAUAUGUUGAUCGAGGUGCUUUUGGUAUUAUUUACAAGGCGAUUUGGACUGCGGGAACUAUUUACGAUUGGGAUCAUAAAAAAAAUGAAUGGCUCCGAAUAAAACAGUUUAUUAACAUUGAUAAUGAUGAAUGGAAUUAUAUUCAAGCAAGCGAUUAUGAUAAUGAAAAAUUAUUCAAAAGUAAAUUGGAUGAAUUGAAAGAUAAAAAUACUUUAUAUAGUGGUGGUGGUUGUUUAGUUGCAUUAAAGGAAUUUCCCAGCGAUGAAGCAUUCUUAGAUGAAACAUUCUUAAAAGAGGAUAAAAAAAUAUAUGGUGUGUUGCCUUAUGUGGCUCCUGAAGUAUUAAAAAGUAAGGAUUAUACUAAGGCAGCAGAUAUCUAUAGUAUUGGGGGGGAUAGGCCAAAUAUUAAUAAUAAUAUACCGUUAUGUUAUUCAACUUUGAUUACAAGAUGUUGGAAUGAAGAUCGGGAUCUACGACCAACUGCUGAAGAAUUAUAUCGUACAUUUUCAAACUGGUCUGACUUUUAUGAAGCAAAAAAUCUUGAUCAAACUUUUAUAUCUGAUGACAUCAGGCAGGCUAUUAGGCAAUUUCAAAAAGCGGAUGAAAUCCAAUCGCCUAAUGAGAAUAUGGAACAGGAUCAUUCCGAAGCCAAUUUUAAAAGUCAAUCUCUCGAAACUUACAUAUAUCAAUACAAAGAAUAUAUAAAGAGUGAAAUUGAAAAAAACAAAGUGGUGAUUGAAACUAAUAAACAGGAAGAUUACAGACACAACUCAG